AUGGGAAUCUGUUGGUCAAAACCUAAAAUCAAAGAGUAAAAAAUGAGCAAAGAACAACAAUGUAUAAAUUUUUAUUAAUUUAAUAAGCACUGGUUACAAAUAAAUUUGAAGUAGGUUCAAAUAUCUUUGUUAACUUAAAAUCAGGAGAUAUAACAGAUAAUUAUAUUUUUAAUAAAAUCUUAAGGGAAGGUAAGAUAAUAUUUUAAAAUUUAAGGAUCGUGUGGUCAAGUAAGGUUAGUUUUACAUAAGAAAUUGGGAUAAUAAAGAGCUAUGAAACAAAUAUCAAAAAAAAAAAUACAAAAAGAAUAAGAAGACGCAAUGUUUAGCGAAGUUUCUUUACUUAAAAAUAUGGAUCAUCCAAAUAUUGUCAAAUUAUAUGAGCUAUAUUAAGACAGUCAAAAUUACUACUUAGUAACAGAAUAUCUAAAUGGAGGAGAACUAUUAGAUAAAUUGAAUGUUGAGAAAACAUUCAAUGAAAAAAUUGCAGCAGAAUAUAUGAAAUAAGUUUUAUAAGCAUUAGCAUAUUGUCAUGCAUAAAAUAUUAUUCAUCGGUAUUUAUUAAUCUAAUCUAUUUAGUGAUAUGAAACCAGCUAAUAUAAUGUUUGCUUCUACAGAUUCAUAAUCCCAGAUAAAAGUAAUAGAUUUUGGAACUGCUAAAAAGUUUGUUAGUGGUUAAACUUAGUCACAAACUAUAGGAACUGUAAUUUAAUAUACUUAAUUUAGCCCUUAUAUAUAGCUCCAGAGGUUAUAGAUAAGAAUUAUACAGAAAAAUGUGAUAUUUGGUCUUGUGGUGUAAUUUUAUAUUNUUAUUAUAGUUCAGGAUCUUUAUAGAUAUUAGUUCCAAGCUUUGCAAAAUUUCUUUUAGUGGAUUUAAGAUAUGA